AUGCGUAAUUUUCUUCCUACUCCUACUAAAGUUGCUCUUGCCCAAUCUCUUCCUCAUCCUAUCCUUAAUUACGCUGACACUUGCUAUCUAGACUUAAGGGAGGAUCAACUAAACAAACUUGAGCGUCUCCAAAACCUCUGUAUUCGGUUCAUAUAUGGUCUUCGCAAGUACGACCACGUCUCUGAGUUCCGUGCGAAACUCAAGUGGCUUCCUAUACGUCUGCGCAGGAAUACUCAUGUGCUAUCUCUCCUAUAUUCUAUAUUAUUUAAUCCCAUCCUUCCGUCUUAUUUGAAAGAACGCUUUGAGUUUCUCUGUGACUCACACAAUAGAUCACUUCGUUCUAGUGAAAAUCUUACUUUGAAAAUCGGCAAACACUCUACUGCCUUCUACAGCAAGUCGUUCUGCAUUGAGGCUGCACGGUUAUGGAAUACUCUCCCAUUUCACAUUAGACGUGCAACAUCACUGGAAUCUUUCAAAAAGAAGGUUAAGGAACACUACUUAAGACUUUGA